AUGAUAAAUGGGCUUGGCAAGGAAGGGAAGGUGGAUGAAGCUAAUGGGUUGUUGGAAUUGAUGAGUCAAAGAGGUUUGCAGCCUAAUCUGGUGACAUUUAAUACAAUGAUUAGUGGGCUUUGCAAAGAAGGGAAGAUUGAGGAAGCUAAUGGGUUGAUGGAAUUGAUGAUUCAAAGAGGUUUGCAGCCUAAUGUUGUGACUUUUAAUUCAAUGAUAGAUGGGCUUUGCAAGGAGGGGAAGAUGGAGGAAGCUAAUAAUUUGUUGGAGUUGAUGAGUCAAAAAGGCUGCAAAUUUUUGGUUGAAAUUGGCAUGUCUGGUGUGGAAGAAGCAUUUGAGCAGGGUGUUUUAGUUGAUGAAAGAGCGGGUUUGCAGCCUAAUGUGGUGACUUUUAAUUCAAUGAUAGAUGGCCUUUGCAAGGAGGGAAAGAUGGAGGAAGCUAAUGGAGGUUUGCAGCCUAAUGUGGUGAUGUUCACUAUAAUGAUAAGUGGGCUUUGCGAGUUGGGGAAGAUGGAAGAAGUUAAUGGGUUAUUUGAAUUGAUGAAUCAAAGAGGAUGCAAAAUUGUUGUUGAAAUUUGCAUGUCUGGUGUGGAAGAAGAUAGAAACAUGAGACCAGCAAUGGAUUCAAAAGUCAAGGCUCUUUCAGAAUGA